AUGGGGCUGCAGCCGCUGGAGUUCAGCGACUGCUACCUGGACAGCCCGUGGUUCCGGGAGAGGAUCCGCGCCCACGAAGCGGAGCUGGAGAGGACCAACAAGUUCAUAAAAGAGCUCAUCAAGGACGGGAAGAACCUCAUCGCAGCGACCAAAAGUCACACGGUCAACAAUGCAUUAAGUGUAACUGAAACCCUGAUUAAACCCUUGGAAAAAUUCAGAAAAGAACAACUUGGAGCCGUAAAGGAAGAAAAAAAGAAGUUUGACAAAGAGACGGAAAAGAACUAUAGUCUAAUUGAUAAACAUUUGAAUUUAUCAGCCAAAAAGAAAGACUCACAUUUACAAGAGGCAGAUAUCCAAGUGGAGCAGAACCGGCAGCACUUUUAUGAACUGUCUCUUGAAUAUGUAUGUAAGCUUCAGGAAAUCCAGGAAAGAAAGAAGUUUGAGUUUGUGGAGCCUAUGCUGUCCUUUUUUCAGGGAAUGUUUACUUUCUAUCAUCAGGGCCAUGAACUUGCCAAAGACUUCAAUCACUACAAAAUGGAACUACAGAUCAACAUUCAGAAUACACGGAAUCGUUUUGAAGGAACAAGGUCAGAAGUGGAAGAGCUUAUGAACAAAAUCAGACAGAAUCCCAAGGACCACAAACGAGCAAGUCAAUUCACAGCCGAAGGCUACUUAUAUGUACAGGAAAAAAGGCCCGCUCCGUUUGGUUCCAGUUGGGUCAAACACUACUGCAUGUAUCGGAAAGCAGCCAAGAAGUUCAACAUAAUCCCAUUUGAGCACAGAUCUGGGGGAAAACUUGGGGAUGGAGAGGUGUUCUUUUUGAAAGAAUGUACCAAGAGGCAUACUGACUCCAUUGACAGAAGAUUUUGUUUUGAUGUAGAAGCUGCUGACCGGCCUGGCGCUGCUCUGACCAUGCAGGCGUUCUCCGAGGAUGAGCGGAAGCAGUGGUUGGAAGCCCUGGGCGGAAAAGAAGCUCUGUUACAUAGUUUUAAUAGAGCCAUCAUCCCAAGACCAGAAGGAAGUGCACAGUUGGAUAAGAUGGGAUUCACAAUUCUCAGAAAAUGUAUCAGUGCAGUUGAAACACGAGGUAUAAAUGACCAAGGAUUGUACAGAGUUGUGGGGGUGAGUUCAAAGGUCCAGAGACUUCUGAGUAUGUUGAUGGAUGUAAAAACAUGCAAUGAGGUGGACCUGGAGAAUUCUGUAGAUUGGGAAGUGAAGACAAUAACAAGUGCCCUAAAACAGUACUUGAGGAGUCUUCCAGAGCCUCUUAUGACCUAUGAACUACAUGGAGAUUUCAUUGUUCCAGCCAAAAGUGGAAGCCCAGAAUCUCGUGUUAAUGCUAUCCAUUUCUUGGUACACAAACUGCCAGAGAAAAAUAAAGAAAUGUUGGACAUUUUGGUGAAACACUUAACAAAUGUUUCAAAUCACUCUAAGCAGAACCUCAUGACUGUGGCAAAUCUGGGAGUGGUGUUUGGACCAACUCUGAUGAGGCCCCAGGAAGAAACUGUUGCUGCCAUCAUGGAUUUGAAGUUUCAGAACAUCGUGGUGGAAAUCUUAAUUGAAAACCACCAAAAGGGGAUUCACAUGCAUCCCUGA